AUGGAUCAUCAAGAUUCCUCUUCUUUAUCUUCUUUACAACUCGCUUCGAAUUUCACACAUAUGAUUAAUGAUGCAAAAACAACCAUAAUUCCUGCACAAGAAAAUGGAUCGCAAGGAUCAACAUCAUAUCCACUUCUAGCCCCAGUAAAUGAAUAUAAUUCUGGCAACUACUCUCAAGUAAAUUCUUGUCGUAAAUACUCUUCCCAAAAUCUUGAUAAACGCGGUUAA